CUCGCCGGGCUCCGGAGUGCGCUCAGUGUCUCUCUAAUCGCCGCGGCCAUUAAUCUACCCUACGGGUGCACACAGUACCGCACUACAGUAGGCAGACAGCCAGGCAUGGGCGGCGUGUACACGCGGGUGCUGAACGUGGCGUCGCUGCGGCCCGGCGACCACGUGUGCAUCUGGGACUACAGUCGCUGGCCGCUCUCGUACCAGCACCACGGCAUCGUCUGGGCCUCGGGCGCCUCGGCCGCCGACAUCCGCGUGUGCCACGUGUGGAGCCCGCUCGAGGGCUUCCAGGAGGCGCAGGCCGACUCGUGCUUCCGCAUCUCGACGCUCGAGGAGUUCCUGGACAACCGCAAGCAGAAGCACCUGCGCCUGGUCGAGUACCACACGUCCGGCCUGCGCGAGGUGCUGUCCCGCUGGGGCGAGGUGCACCUGAGCAAGGCCGACCUGCCCGAGGUCGUGCUCUCGCGCUGCCGCUUCCUGCUGGGCCUGGGCCGCGGAGACUUCAACAUCUUCACGCAGAACUGCGAGCACGCGGCGCACUGGUGCAUGACCGGCGAGCAGUGGUGCAAGCAGACGCUCACCAAGGUGCGGGGCCGCGUGCCGUUCGAGAAGCGCCUGGCCAAGGAGGACGUGGACGCGCUCGUCAAGCAGGUUGAGGAGAUCAAGGCCAUCUCGCGCUCCGUCGUGAGCAACGUGCUCAAGCUCUCGGGCUCGCGGGUCUUUCUCCGGGUCAAGGGCAACCACUACGUCCAGGUGCGGGCCGACAGCACCGUGGGGGUCGUGCCGCAGGGAGACGACCCCACGACGUGCGGCCGCACGGCCUUCCGCCUCGAGUGCUACGCCAGGGGCUACAACAGCAUCCGCGUGCGCUUCUUCCACGAAGAGUCGGGCUGCUAUAUGUUCAGCCGCUCGACGUUCAGCUGCUUCCGCGACCUGCGCAUGAAGGAGCCCAUGUGCGUGCGCGGCAAGUCCGGGCUCACCUGGGAGUACUCAACCUUGGGCUACCUCAGGAGCAUGAACCAGCACCGAAGGUACGUGGGCGCACGAGACGACGGCCUGCUGCUGGACGUGAGCAUGCGCGGCGACGCGGCCCGAGUGGAGUUCGUGGCGUGCGAGGGCGAGGCCGAGGCAUACACGCCGCCGGACAUCCACCAGGUCACGCGCACGUACAACCACGAAAAGUCCAUCCAGUACACGGAGUCGCAGAGCAUGCGGGACUAUAAGGCGGCCGAGCUCAUCAAGUCGUCGCCCACAUCCUCCACCACAACCCCCACGACCGAACGAGCAGCAGCAGUGGCAGCGUUACCGCCGCUGCCGGAGACUGCGUGAUGAACAUAUUUUAUGGGUAAAUAUUAUUAUUCGCGCCGCUCGGCCGCGUGAAGUUGUCCAAGU